AUCCUUCAGUUUUUUUCUUCCUCCAAGUUCAUAUCGAAACUGCUCCCAUCUUCUUCUUCUUCAGUCCACCACCAUUAGUCCAUCAUCUCCACCACUAUCAUCUCCAUCACCAUCACCAUCCACAAUUGGUAUUGAGGAACAGAGUGAACUAAUUUGUUCAAUUUCAGUGUUGUUGAACUAAUUUGUUGACCAAACAUCGAAACUGAAGAAGAAAUCGACGGAAUUUCACGAUUAAACUCUAACUUCCAAAGCCAUCACAAUUUUCCUAAGUUAGAACAAGGAACUCAGUCAAAAAUAGACGAUAUGUGGAUCAGAAUUUGAGCAGGGAAGAAGAGGAGUUGUUACUGCUAUGGAUUUCAGUGGGUUAGGUGAGAUUCUCGAAAUGAAUUAGAAGACAUGGGUUCUCGUCAGAUUUGAUUUGCAGCAACGAGAUGAAGAAACCAAGACGAAUUCCGGAUGGUGGAAGUUAGGGUAUGGUUGAUGGCCGGGAAUUCAAUUGAAGUAAAAGGAGAUGCUGCUACUGUUGGCUUGAGUGUAUGAUGGUGCUAUGGACUAAUUGCAGUUGGAAUGAAUAGGAAGGGGAGUAAAGGUCUAAAUUUAGUGCCACUAUGGCUAAGCACCCUACGGCCAUCCAAACUGUUGCAUAUGGUACUCUCUCAUUCAGCUUUACCACACAUUGCUCAGGUUACGGGUAUAUCGGCCAUUAAGCUUAAACAAAAAUGAAGUUUGACAUACAGAAUUUGACCAACUUCAUUUUUGUUAGUCUCGUACCAUAAUAUAGAUGGAGAUUCCAAUAAAUUUGAAAGGGCUAUGGAAAAGGUUAAAGGUUAAAAACAACUCACCAUCGUAAUUGUAGUACUGAUCCUCAACAUAGAAGAUGUUGUUGUGUCAGGACGUCAUAUAGGAAAUUCCUACAUUAGAAAUGGAGGAAUUUGUCUCAAGAUUACUGCCUUCAUAUAUUUCUGGAUGGGUUUCUCAAAGUGGUGGUGGUGGCGGUGGAUCAUUGUCAUCGGGUGGCAUUGGAGGAUGGUUGAUGAAGUUCCUUCGUGCAUUACAAUUGUGGGACAUGUGGCUUUCAGGUGGACAUAGGUCAAUUCACAGGAAAACCUUACUUGAAGCUUUAGCAGAAGAACUACCGGCAUAUACUAUCUAUUUCUCUCCAAAGUUUAUCUCCAUUGAAACUCAGAUGAAGCGCUGCAAAUCGUCCAAAAUUAUGCUGCAUUUGGAUUAUGGGACUAGCAUUCAUACCAAGGUUCUGAUAGGUUGCGUUGGGGUACACUCAGUUCAGGUCGAGCUGCACUACGCGGGCUAUCUGUAUAUCCUGAAGAGCAUGGUUUGGAACACUUACCGCCACAAUUAAUAGAUUCUGGCAGGUUUGGUGUUGUUCCCAUCAUUGAUAAAAAAAAAGAGAUAACUUGGUAAUUUCUGACUAAUUCUGACCGAUAAUUUCAUUUUUUACUAAUUAUGUUAAUUUCUUCAUGAUAAAGUUGGAUAAUUGUUGUUCAAAC